AUGUCGGAUCCAACUUUACUUCUGAGAGAAAUUAUAAAAAAACGUCCAGGUGAAGACAACUCUUAUGCCGAGAUACAGCAACUUAUUAGACGAGGUGCUGAUAUUCGAGGUUCGAUGAGUGAUGGAAAAUCAAUGAUCGAGAGUGUUAUCGAAGAAGAAACUCAAAUGCCGAAAACAUCUCUCAAAGCUAAAAACUGUCGACGGGUGAUAGAAUUGUUGCAACAAACGGCAUCUGAACUUUUGUCAGAGAUGGUUUUAUCAGGCAGUGGUGAUAUUCAUAGAAUGAAAGGUUUGGUCACAUUACGGGCAAACUGUCAACAGGAACAAAAAUAUGGAUCAUUAGGUUUGUUAGGAGAAUUACUAAGUCAGAGCGCACACGACAUUCGACUCGAUGUCGUUCAGUUUCUUCUCGAAACUGAUAAGAAUGCUAAGUUUGUUCUAACUAAAGAAGAUGAUCGUCAACAAACAUGUUUAUCUCUUUCAAAAAAUAAUCAAAGAUCUACUAUAGAUGUUACAAACUAUUUACAACAGCAGCUUGAUAUGUUACUAAAUAAAAUUCCGUUCACGCAUCCUCAAAUAGAUGUCAAUGAAGUGGUUAGUUGGAUUCGACUGGGAGCGAAUCCAAAAACAACAGAUGAACUUGGAAAUACUGUUUUUUUAAAUGCCGUUCUCUCAAACAAUGUUGAUCUUGUCCCAGUUCUGAUAGCUAAUGGUUCUGACAUAAGCCAUAAGAAUACAUCCGAUAAGACUCCGCUUCAAGUGGCUGAAGAAAUGAUACCGAGAAAUGCUCGCUUGAUCGCUACUCUAUUCGAACAGAGUGUCAACAAUGAAUUCAAAGAAUUGAUUCGAAGCAAACGAUCCCGUUUAAAAAUACAAGACGUUUAUUCUUUAUUACAGAAAGGAGCCAAUAUUAAUGCCCGAGUUAGUAAUAACAACUCAUUUCUUCAUUAUCUAAUUACUCAUGAUGGUACACCUGAGAUGUUGACAACGUUCGUUAAUGAAUUCAACGCCGAUUUAUUAGCAACGAAUAAUCAAAAACGUCGACCCAUUGAACUCUACAUUGAAGACGAGAAGAGAUCACCAAACGUUCUUCGUACUUUUCUAAAAUUGGAAAAAGUAUCAACAAAUGUAUUCUUCAACCAUAUAACGCAACAAACUCUAUAUGAUUUUGCAAACGAACGCAACAAACGCGAAUAUGCUGAUUUAAUUGAAAAAGAAUUAAACAGACGCUUAUGGAUUUAUGCUAUACAUGCCAGUACUACUGAUGAUCAAAAUAAAAACUUACGUAACGGGAUAAAAAAGCUUGUCGACUACGGAGCACAAAUUAAUCAUUUAAAUAAUGACAAUGAUCUAUACAAGGGUUGGUCAGUUUUACAUUUUGCAUGUAAAACAACAACGAAAUCAUUCGUCGAGUACCUUAUUCGAGAUUUAAAAGCGAACUGUGAAUUAAAAAAUGUCAACGAUGAUCGCCCUAUAUCCAUUGCAGCUGAGUAUGGCCAAAUUGAGAUCGUUCAAUUCCUGAGAGAAUAUGCAGAUGUUAAGUUGAAUGUCUCCAAUAAAAAUGCCGAUACUCCAUUGCAUUUAGCAGCAAAAAAAUGUCAUUAUCGCAUCGUUCGAUAUUUAGUCUUGUGGGGUGCCGACGAAGCAGCUCAAAAUUUAUCGAAACAAACACCACUUAUUUUAGCACAAAAAUCUGAGACGACAACAAAACAAGGUGAAAUUGAAAAAAAGAAAACUGUUGAGUUUCUGAAUGAACUAGUUUUUUCCAGAGUUGACGGUAAUGAAGAAGAAAGUACCACACGAAGUCCACGGGCGUUCGAUACAGAGACUUGUGAAUUAAUAAGACACAUUAACCUUGUUGAAAAACGUCGAUCUGUACAGGAAAGUAGGAGAGAAAAUGGAAACGAACGGUCUAGUUUUCUUAAACGUGAUCCGAACAAUGAGCUGUUCACUGCUGCCAGGAAUGGAAAUGUUUCGCUAGCUAGACAAGCAUUAGAUGAUGGUGCUGAUAUUUGUCAUCGUCAAAAUGAAAAGAGUCCUUAUAAAGUGGCAAUAAAGUCAAACGAAGAAUAUACAACGAAAUCAAACUUGGAAUCAAUGAAUAGCAAUGAUCGAUGGAAGUUUCGUACAAUGGCACAAGGUUGUCAACGGAUUGGUGAUGACCUUCUUCAGCUUGCACAAACACAACUUACAGAAUCAAUUAAACAAGCAAAUUUUUCUCUUAUGAUGGCGUAUCAUGAUACUGAAAUACCAAUAACACCUGAAUUACUAUACCUAGCCUGUACAUCGUCCGAUAAUGUUCUAAUUGUCGACUAUCUUGUUCAGAAUAAUGAUAACGUCUACGAAGCUAUGUAUAAUUAUACUACAGCUGAUUCACCAUAUCAACUUGCCAAAAAAAAACAAUUCCAUAAUGUUGCUUCGUAUAUAAAAUAUCAGUUGUCACUUGAUUGUACGGAAGCUAUUAAGGAGAAUGACUUAGAACUUGUGAAACAACUAAUUCGUGCAGGUGCAAAUGUUGAUCUAAUCGACACAAGUAAUCUAUCCGUAGCGUUACAUCAUGAAAAUAUUGAAUUAAUUAAAAUUCUUUGUGAAAACGGAGCGAAAAUACCUGAUGAAUGGCUUGAAUCAGAUCAUUUGGCGCUUAAAAACGAUAUUAAGAAACAAAUGAAACCCGAUGUAGCACUAAUCAUUACUCGCAAUUUGACUGAUCGCAAUCUUCGUCUGGCUGCUGCAUCUGGAGAUUUUAAAUUACUUACCAAAUGUCAACGACUUGGAGCUGAUAUCAAAUCAAAAAAUUGUCAUGGUUCAACGGCGCUUUUAUGUGCAAUUCAACAUGGAAAUUAUUUUCGUAUUGUGUUUUCGCUUGUAUCACGUGGUGCAACUUUGUUACAUUGUAAUGAAAACCAACCUAUAUCACUCAUAGAAAUGUGUCAUCAGAAAAAUUAUAAAAAGAUAGGAAAAUAUUUAAAAAAACAGCUCAAUAAACAGUUUGCUACUGCUAUAUUUGAUAAUGAUAAAGAAAGCGCAGCAGCUUUCGAAGGUCUCGGUGCCGAUUUCAACUAUAUAGAUAUACAAGAGCGAACCCCAUUGCAUUAUGCAGUAGAAUACCAUACCAAAGAUCUUGUCUCAUGGCUUUGUGAACGUGGAAGUGAUCCAAUGAUACAUGAUGGUAAUGGUGAUUAUCCAAUUACUCUUGCAGCUGAAAAAGGUGAUUUUGCUAUUGUCGAAUUUCUUGCAACUAAGUAUCCGGCAACAAAACAGAAAAAGAACAGAGCAGGUGGAACAGCUCUUCAAAUAGCACAAAAACAAGGAUUCAAACGUAUUGCUCAAGUACUACAAAUCAAUGAAGUUUCUGAAAAUUCUAAAUCGAUUGAUUUAAAAAUAACUACUAUACCCAAACAUAGCCGUCAGGUACUUGUUGGUGCCUGUGAAAACGGUCGAGCAAAAAUUAUUCAAGAAUUUUGCAUGGAAUGUUAUGAGUCUAGAGAGGAGAAAAGACAGUUAUGCUGCGAACUCAUUGAAAUCGCUAAGACAUGUAAUCAAGGGGAAAUAGUCGACAUUCUUCAAAUUCAUCAUGAUCAAAAUUUAAAAAAGGAUAUACCUUCUAAUAUACAAUUUGACAAAAUAGUAAUGCUUAAUGACGAAUACAGGGCAAUGCUACACGGACUUUUGGUGGGUUUGAAUACAGUGAUAACUGGAAUGUUUGCUGAUCUUGAUCCUGCCGACCCUAAUACGUAUGUAGAUCUCUUUUCAAACUUGAAUUUAAAUGUACAAAAACAAUCUCAAGAGCUUGUAAACGCAAAUACGGAUGAUGAAAUUCGCAAACUAAUUCAAAAAGAUUUGAAUUAUUCCAAUGAAAAAUUAACGAAAAUUGAGAAACAAUUAUAUGAAUUACAAAAAAAUAAUCAAAUGGUAAUAAAAAUUGUGGAAGAAAACGACGAACGUUUGAAUAAUAUGCCAGAUUUAUCUGCUAUCGAAAGAAAGAAAAUUUUUGAUGAACAAGAAAUACAAAGAAACAAACUUGCUAUGUAUGAAUGUUCAAUGGAUCUGUUUCUUCGGGAAAGAGAAAAUCUAGAAAAAAAGCAAAAAACCAUUAAAUUUAUUAAAGAUAACUCCAAUUUAUUUCUAUUUUAUCGAACAGUUGAAAAUCGAUUACAAGCAUUAUUCACUAGUGUUCUAGCAGCUCAAGGUGGCUACUUGCAAUCUACUACUAAGAAAUCAUUGAAAUUAACAGCGGCAAAAGUAGCCCCACAUGCUCUAAUCAAAGCGAUAGAUUUUGGAAGAAAAAAAAUCGACUUGUUAUCAGAUUUUUUGCCAGCCGGUAGCUUGUUGAAGCCUGCUACAUAUGUAACUGAUCAAAUUGUAUCAAAGCUCAAUAAAAAGCAACAGAAAAAGGAAUUUUACAAUAUCUCGGUAUUGGGCAAUUUUGAAGAACUUCAGUGUGCUGCGUCAGACACAGCUGCCCUUCUUACACUCUAUUACAAGCAACAAAUCGAAUCUAUUGAUACGCAGACAAGAAUCACAGGUAGUAACAUCUUUAACGAUCAAGUUUACUGGAUUAAAGAAGUUUUCUUAAAUGUCCGUCCUGAAAGCGAUACGGAAAAGGCUGUUGUGAUUGUCGCUGAAUAUAUCACAGCAUGUCUACUUGAUGCGCUCAAAACUGGUGGACAUAAAGAUAUCAUAUCAACUGUUCCCUUGUCUGAACAACUUUGGCUAUGUGCAGCUAAAUAUAACCCGAAAGAACAACGAAUAGCUGAUACUGUCGGAUUUACGGCUGGCAAACUACUAAUACCAAUAACCAUAGCGGCAUCCAAAACGAGGACUUAUGAAGUGCAGUUGCGGCACUUUAUUCGAUAUGUAUCAUUAAUUACCAACGAAGGUGCUAUUUAUCAAUAUCCAGUAUCACCAAAGGAUCUUCAAGACAAUAAAUAUCCAGAUUUAAACAUUUUUGGAUAUGUUUACUUAGCACCAUUUACUCCGGAUAAGAAGGUGGCCGACAUCAUUAUCGAAGAAAGACAUUUAGUUCCUGCUAAACAUAAUGCCAGAGGUGAUAUUCUAACAAAAUUCAAAGAUAUUAUAGACUUGAAAAAUGUCAUCCAAGUGGAGAACAUCGGUACUAAAUCAGCUGCUAAGUCACAAACAGCUUUUGAAGUAGCCCAGAUGCUUCGUGAUCAAAAGACCUUUGUACAUUCGGAUCAUCUCCAAGCUGAGCUGGAAAAAUCACGAAUUGAGAUUGAGAAUGAAAUCGCGAUUCUUAAGGCUGAUAUUACAGAAAACAUUAAAAUAUAUCAAGUAUCGAUCGAUGCAGACAAUGAACGUAUCAGACUUGAACUUUCUCAAACACAAAAGAUGUUAGUAGAACAAAAUGAGAGGCAGUUUAAUGUUGCGUUGAAUGAAUUGAAUGGACAGAUGCAAGAAAUAUUAAGGCAAUUAGAAUCUUUUGGAAAACAUACCAUAGAAAAAAUGCAGAAACAGCUAGAAGCUUCUAAUAAUCAUCAAAUUGAUCAAACUCAAAAACAGUUAGAAUCUUACAGUAAAAAACAAAUGAUAGACAUUCAAAAACAGUUGGUAUCCGAAAACAAACUUCAAGUACAAGAAAUUCAGAAACAAUUAGAAUCAUAUACUAAACUUCAAAUAGAGCAAACUCAAAAACAGUUAGAAAUCUACGCCAAAAACCAAAUACUUGAAACUCAAAAGCAAUUAGAAUCCCACAGCAAACUUCAUAUGAAAAAAUAUCAAAAACAACUAGCACAACAAAACAAACGUGAAAUGAAGGAAAUAACAAACCAUAUCGAAGCUGGAUUGCACAGUGCGAGAAUUACACGUGGAAGACGUGGAUCUACAUUACUAACUACUAGUUUUUAA